CACUGGACCGAGAGCGCAUCGACAAGUACCACCUCACACCUCUGCCUCACAGCUCUUCUCCCAUGCUGUGUCGGAGAACGGCAAACCGGUGGAGGAGCCGAUGGAGAUCAUUGUCACCGUGACAGACCAGAAUGACAACAAGCCCCAGUUCACACAGGAUGUCUUCAGGGGCUCCGUGCCCGAGGGUGCUUUGCCAGGCACUUCUGUGAUGCAGGUGACUGCCACGGAUGCGGAUGAUGCAGUGGAGACCUACAACGGCGUCAUCGCCUACUCCAUCCUCAGCCAGGAGCCACGGGAGCCCCAUCCCCACAUGUUCACCAUCAACAAGGCCACCGGUGCCCUCAGUGUCAUCGCCAGCGGCCUGGACCGGGAGCGCGUGCGGGAGUACACGCUGACAGUGCAGGCAGCUGAUCUGGAUGGUGAGGGCUUGACCACGACGGCGCUGGCCGUGAUCGAGAUCACCGAUAUCAAUGACAACGCCCCUGAUUUUGACCCCAAAAUGUACGAGGCAUCUGUGCUGGAGAAUGAAGCUGGACGGGAGGUGGCCCGGCUGGUUGCCACCGACCUGGAUGAGCCAAGCACGCCAGCAUGGCGAGCCGUUUACUCCAUCUUGCGUGGCAAUGAGGGAGGUGCCUUCACCAUCACCACCGACCCUGCCAGCAAUGAGGGUGUCCUCCGUACUGCCAAGAGUCUGGACUACGAGGCUAAGAAGCAGUUCAUGCUCCACGUGGCUGUGACCAAUGAGGCCCCCUUCACCGUGAAGCUGCCAACAGCCACUGCCGUGGUGAUGGUCAACGUGGAGGACGUCAAUGAGGCACCUGUUUUUGACCCGCCGGUGCAGCUUGCCCAGGUGUCCGAGGACGUGCCACCAGGGCAGACCCUCACCUCCUACACAGCCCAGGACCCCGACAAGGCACAGGGGCAGAGGAUCAAGUAUCUGGUGGGGCACGACCCAGCAGGCUGGCUGGCUGUGCACCCUGAGAACGGCCUGGUGAGUGCACGGGACCACCUGGACCGCGAGUCCCCAUUCGUCAAGAACAGCACCUACAGCGCCGUGCUGCUGGCCAUGGAUGAUGGCUCGCCACCCGCCACAGGCACUGGCACUCUGCUCCUCACCCUGCUCGACGUCAACGACCAUGGCCCCGAGGCCGAACCCCGGGACAUCACUGUCUGCAACCACAACCCCCAGCCCCAGGUCCUCACCGUCACCGACCGGGACCUGCCCCCCAACACCGGCCCCUUCCGUGCCGAGCUCAGCCAGGGCUCAGGGGACAGCUGGGCUGUGGAGGUUGGCGACCAAGAUGACACCGUCACCCUGCGGCUGGUGGCACCGCUGGAGCCGGACCUGUACAGUGUCUACCUGCGGCUCUUUGACCAGCCAGGCAAAGCCCAGCUCACUGCCAUCACCGCGCGGGUCUGUGCCUGUGAGGGGCCGGUGCAGAGCUGCCCCCAGAGCCCCCAGCCCGCCACUGGCCUGCCCUUUGUCCUUGCUGCCCUGGGAGCCCUCCUGGCCUUACUGCUCAUCCUGUUGCUGCUGCUGCUCUUUGUGAGGAGGAGGAAGGUGAUAAAGGAGCCGCUGCUGCUGCCUGAGGAUGACACACGGGACAACGUCUUUUACUACGGGGAGGAGGGCGGCGGGGAGGAGGACCAGGACUAUGACCUGCGGCAGCUGCACCGGGGCCUGGACGCCCGCCCUGAGGUGCUGCUCCGCAACGACGUGGCCCCCACCCUCCUGCCAGCCCCCCAGUACCGGCCCCGUCCCGCCAACCCUGACGACAUCGGCACCUUCAUCGACGAGAACCUGAAGGCGGCUGACACAGACCCCACGGCUCCCCCGUACGACUCCCUCCUGGUGUUCGACUACGAGGGCAGUGGCUCAGAGGCCACCUCGCUCAGCUCCCUCAACUCCUCCGACUCCGACCGUGACCAGGACUAUGACUACCUCAACGACUGGGGCAGCCGCUUCAAGAAGCUGGCCGACCUCUACGGCGGUGGGGAGGAGGACGACUAGGGCCCCCCCAGCCUCACUGCCCCCCCCUGCCUCAUGCCUUACCGCUGCCCGUGCCUUGGGGCUGCCCCCCCCCGCCUCAGCGGCUGCCCCCUCGCCUUCCUCGCCUGUAUUUUUUUUUUUUAAAUGUAUGGAAUAAUAAAGGCCGUGUGAUGCUA